AUGGUGAGGGGGGAGGAGGUGCUGAGGAGAAAGAGGAGGAGGUCAAGAGAGGCAUGUGAGGACGGACCGGCUCAUGGUGAGGGAGAAGGAGGUGCUGAGGAGAGAGAGGAAUGUGAGGAAGGACUAGCUCAUGGUGAGGGUGGAGGAGGUGCUAAGGAGAGCGAGGAGGAGGUCCUGAGGAGAGCGAGGAGGAGGUCAAGAGAGGCAUGUGAGGAAGGACUACCUCAUGGUGAGGGGGGGAGGAGGUGCUGA